AUGUCUUAAGCAAAAAUUAUGACAACAACUGAUACAAACAAUAUUUAUAAAUGGCUUGUUUUAGCUAGCUUUUCAUUAAACUCGUAAUAAUUAAUUUAAACCAUAGAAUAUCAAAUAUCUUUAUCUUCAGUGCGUUGACCCCAAUUUGGUCAUCUGUUGCCAUUUAUUAUAAUGUUACAGAUUAUGAUUUAAAUUGGUUUUCAAAUAUGUACUUCAUUUCCUUAUUCACAUCAACUUUUGGUUUCAAUCCAUUUAUUUUGAAACAUUUUGGCCAAUCAUAAAUUUUUAGUUGUAUUCUAACAGCAGCUGGACUUUGGAUAUUAUUAAUUUCUGGUGGAAAUUUUACAAUGGGAUUAUUGUGUUUUGGUCUAUUAGGAUUAGGAGAAUCUCUUUAUUAUUAAGUACCUUUACGUAAAUCAUUUUAAAUCAUCUUAGAUUUAUCUAAAAUCUGGUUUCCUCAUGAAGAACGAGCACUUACAACAUUUAUAGGUUAAUAUUCAAGCAAUAUUGGAAUUUUAUUUGCAUAUAUUUUUACAUUUUACUAUUUUUAAGAAGUGGUAAUUUAAUAUCAUAAUUUUAGGUAGAUGAAAAUGAAUUUAAAACAAGAUAUGAAAAUAUAAUAUUAUACAAUGCAAUUUUUGCAUCAUUUGUUUUAAUUUUCAAUCUUAUUACUCUCAAAAGACCAAUCAAUUAGAAAGACUCUUUUUAAAUUAGAGACCCUUUAUGGUUAUCAAUCAAAAAGAUUUGUACUGCUGAAGAAGCUUUAUUAGAUUUAUUAUCAUUUUCUGUUUGUAAAUUUCUAAGCUUAUAUUAGUUAUUGGUGUGGGUUGGAGUUAUUCAACUCUUUUUAAUAUUUAAUAAUACAACAUUGGCUAUACAGCAUAAGAAUUAUUUGAAACAAAUAUUUUUUAUUAAGUAGGUGGUAUUUCUAGUGCUUCUAUUUUUACUUGGAAAUUGCAUUCUUAAUCAUAACAUGGUUUAUAAUAGAGUUAUGAUAAAUAUAUGAAAUAUAUAGUGUCAAUUGGAUUUUGGUCAUUAGCUAUAGAAAUUGUUAUUUUUGAUUAAGUUCCAUUAUGGAUAUUAGAGAUUUUGAAUUUUUUAAUUGGUUGUGGAUUCGCAGGAUAUUAUUCAAUAUUGCUUGAAUCGCUAUAGGAAAAACAUUUUCCUGCUUAAGAAUUAGCAAUAGGAAGUGUUCUUUGUGGAGUGGCAUGUGUAAACAUUUUUUAAUUUUAAGUUCGCUUCAGUGUUAGUUAUUAUGAUUUUAGGAUUACCAGAAUUUUAGAAAUAUGGAUUUCAAAUUUCCUGUUUCUUAAUUAUUAUGCCUUUUUGCUUUAUUGUUGUAUUUUACAAAACCUCAUUCAAAAGAUUCGAAUAAGAAGCUUGAACAUUUCUUUCUUAUAAUGA